AAGAAUGUCAUGGACAAUUUUCCCCAACAAAUAAGUACAUUCAUUAGUCAAGUCAAACAAGGAGUAAAACAUAAAAUUAAAUUUGGUUUAAUUGUAGAUGGAGGAGCCUAUGAAAGAUUUAAUGAUACUACGAGUUUUGAUUUUACAAUAACAAAUAAAGUGUUGGAUAUUUAUCUAAUUGACUUUGUAAAUUUAAACGUUUGUGAUUCAGAAGCUAAGCAAUAUGGUGUGGCUCCAAUAACAUGCCCAAGUCCGAAUUUGACGACUAUGGAACAAGUGACUUCAGCUGUAACGAGUUCAAAAAUGGAUAAGUCCAAAGUUUAUGCUUGGUUACAGAGUACAAUAUUGAUUCCAGCUGAUCAACCGCUAAUAUAUGAUCUGCAACUUACAACGUAUUCUAAGUAUUGUAGCAUUAAUACCGAAAAUUCAACUUUUUGGUGUCAGAACAGUCCACAGCUUUCACAUGACCAAGCGGCUUUUGCAAAAAAGAACUACAAAGGAAUUGUCAUAGAGGGUCUUGAUUCAGAUGAUUUCAAUUCUAGUUGUGGUUGUGAACAAUUUCCAGUUACAAAAGCAUUUAUUAGUGGCUGGAAAUCAAGUCCUCUCGCACUGUGUUCCAGAUUAGGUGGAACAAAACAGACGAAAAUGGGAUAAAUUAAAUUAUAUCUUUUAAACUAUACAUUUAAGAUAUACAGUUAUAAUUAUUUAUAUAUAUUUAUCAAUAU